AUGGAGGAGGAUAAUAAUUACAUUCUCGGGGAAGACCUACCGCUUCCACCUGCCAGGCUUUUUGAGAGACUAGCACAGCUCCCCGGCUACAUCUGGGAUCAAACCGUCGAACCGUUUCACUCCACUUACAGCCAUUGGCAUGUCUUUGGCCUCCGUCACUGUGCCGAAACGGAUGUCUCAACCCCCGCCGCAACCUCCUCCGGGCCAUCGAGCCUAAGUCGCAUCUCCCCUCGCACCGAAUCCCGCCCGUUCUUUCGCCAUCAUUGGAGGAGUAGUCUGAGCGAAUCAAGCAGCGAGCUCUCGCUAUCCCGCACGGAUCAGGAACCGUUAUGGGCCCCGGUGGUGGCCCGGGUGUCGUCCCACGUCGUCAGACUCGAGCGCGAGUUCCACAUGCUCCGAUCGAUUGUGCAGACAUCAGAUCCGGACUGCAACCAUACCAUUCGACCGAUUGACUUGAUACGAUUGCCGCCGGACCCCGGAGACGCCGGCCCGCUGCUGGUGGCUCUCUUCGAAUCUCCCGGCCCGAAUAUGCUGCGUGAGCUGGUUGCCUUUGGACCUGCGUGGUUUGCGGCGGGCGCCAGGAGCGAUGGCAACCUCCCCACCCCGGACGAGCAGGUUUCUCUUCCGGUAUUUCUCGAUUUUGCGAUUGGCGCAUGCGAUUGUUUGGAAUUGUUGCACUAUGGCCUCAAAACCGUCCAUGGUGAAAUUCGGGGGGAUGCUUUCCAUUUCAAUAGGGAGACCGGCACAGUUAAAUUACUCAGCACGGGCAACGGCGCGAGAUCCUUUGAAAAUAUCCUAAGCGAUGGCUGGUCCUCGUUGUCGCGGGAGCUCGGUGUCAAGAACAAGCUGCAGUUCGUCGCACCAGAGCAGACGGGGAGAAUGCCGACUGAGCCGGACAGCCGAACCGAUAUCUAUGCGCUAGGUGUGUUGUUCUGGACCAUGCUCAUCGGGAAGCCAGCGUUCACGGGAACCGAUCCCGUCGAAGUCGUGCAGAACGUCCUGGGGAAAAAACUGCCCCCUGUGUCCGUGAAGAGAAUGGACAUCCCUGAUGCCGUGUCGUCGGUGAUCCAGAAAAUGACCCACAAGUCCGUCAAUGAUCGCUACCAUACCAUUUCUUCCGUCAAGCGGGAUCUGGCUCAGAUCUCCCAGCUCCUCGGCGACGGCGACAGCGAGGCGCUCCAUGAUUUCCAGAUAGCUCAGCGCGAUGUGUCCUCCUUUUUCACACUCCCGACCCGCAUGUUUGGCAGACGGGAGGAGUAUAAUAGAAUAAUUGGCGUGAUCGACAAAGUCUAUCGAAGACAGCAAUCCGCGCACGCGCGCGCUGCGGUUAAAAAUUCCAGCGGGGUGGGAUCCAGUUCUUCCAUGUCCGACGGCCGCGUGGAUAGCUUUGAGAUUGCUUCGGGCUCAAGUGAUUCUGGUUCAUUUCACUUGGCCCCCCGGAGUAAUUCGAACGGGGGUGCGUACAAUCUUGGGCGCGUCUCGACGCACGAAUCUUUGCACAGUACCGAGUCGUCGCUUUCGACCCCUAAGGCCGGGUUUCUUUCCAGCAAGACGAAGAGCCCCGUUGAGUCCCGCUCCUCUUGGGAGCAUGCGGACCGAGAUAGCCACCCUUCCUCGGGUGCGAACGCGCAGAAUUACCCAGAAUCCCUCCCCUCAGUCAGCAGGCAAAAGGCCGCUCAUAAACUUCGUAGGAACGGCAUAUGCGAACUAAUCACCAUCAGUGGUGCCGCCGGUAUAGGGAAAACAGAUCUUUUGAACCGUGUCCAGCCUGCAGUUCGUAAAUUGGGCUACAUUGCCAUCGCUCGUCUCGACCGUGCCAGAAGAAUACCCUUUGAGCCUUUUGCUAAAAUCCUCGCACAACUUCUGCGCCAGAUUUUUUCUGAACGUGAUGUCACAACAGACUACCACAAUAGCGUUCGCAUGGCUUUGCGACCGAUGUGGCCGACCCUCCACAGGGUCUUGGAACUCCCCGAGCAGCUGAUGUCCGCUGGAGGGAGCGAUAAAGAGAUCUCGCCUAAGAUGUCAGUUGCUCAGCACAUCUUCAGGGAUGUCUCUAGCAAGGCGGAACCCUCAAGGCGCAUGGCGAUGCCUCGACUUGACCGUGGACAAAGUUCCGUCGAAUUCUUUCUGUCCAAUGCCGCGUCGAAGAACAUGCGAUUGAUGGAGACCUUUCUGGAGAUCCUCAAGACCCUGUCCCAUUUCAGAUUGAUUUGUGUAUGCGUCGAUGAUCUGCACUACGCUGACGACGAGACUCUCGAAUUGAUCUUGAAUAUUGUCAGAGCUAAGAUACCCUGCGUGCUCAUGGUCACAAGUCGCAAAGCUGAACUGGAGUCGGAUGCUAUCAAGUCGCUCUUCGAGACAGAGAAUCCGAACGUGACCCGAGUUCAACUCAACGCUCUCGGCGAGGAUGAGAUCAUGCAAUAUGUAGCGGCCACGAUGCACCAGGAUCCCAACCCCGGACUUACCCCUCUUGCUGCUGUGAUCCAGGAGAAGAGUCUAGGCAAUCCGUUUUAUGUCCGAUUGAUGCUCGAAACUUGCUAUAGCAAGAACUGCAUCUGGUAUUCUUGGAAGAAUUCCCGAUGGGAAUUCGACCUCGAUCGAAUCUUCACCGAGUUCGUCGCUCCACGAUACGGCGAGGGGCUCGGGCUGGGCUUCAUCGCCAAACGUCUCCAGGAGAUCCCACCCGCGGCUCGAUCGAUUAUGAUAUGGGGAGCCUUGCUUGGAAGUCCGUUUUCAUUUGCUCUUGUUCAAAAACUCCUCACGAGCGAGUUCCUGUAUGCUAGCGAGGAGGAUGAAGCUAUGGACUUGACAUGCCCACAGAAUGCCAGCUUGAUCCGACAGUCCGAGGCCGAUAUUGUGGUUGGGCUUCAAUACCUUGUUCAGGCGAACCUGAUUGUGCCAGGGAAAACAGACGAUGAGUUCAGAUUUGCGAAUGACCGACUCGCGCAAGCGUCAACUUCGUUGACCGAGGGCCGUAACGUCGACAAAAUGCAUUUUAUCAUAUCGCAGGCGAUGAUGAAAUACUACCACGAUAGUCGCAGCCGAUAUGCAAUCGCCCGCCAUAUCGGCCUGGCUUCUCGAAUUGUCAGAUCCCGUGUAGUUCAGAGACUUGACUAUAGGAAGAUGUUAUGGGACGCCGCGCAAACGGCUGCUCAGUCCGGCGCUCGCCCCACUGCUCUGUGGUACUUCCGCCACUGUAUUGCCCUCCUUCAGGAUGACCCAUGGGACGACAACAACACCGAUGUUUACUAUGAUGAGACGCUUCGUUUGCACAUCGCCACGGCGGAAAUGCUAUGGUCUCAGGGGCACCAUACGGAGGCUCUGAAACAUUUGGAUGAGGUCUUUGCCCAUGGCAAGAGUGCUGUAUGCAAAGCGCGGGCGUGGAUUGUCAAGGCCAAGAUAUACGCCCAGAUGGGCAACCAUUACCGCUCGAUGAACUCUCUUCUCACGUGCUUGGAGGAACUGGGCGUCCAUCUUCGAGAGCCCACCACAUACGAAGCAUGCGAUGCUGCGUAUGGCACUCUAAAGGCAUAUCUCGAGAACGCCGAUCUGGAAGUCAUCGUCCGUAGACCCAUGAGCAAGGAUAUCAAUAUGAUCACGAUCGGAACCGUCAUGGCCGAGGCAAUGGCUGUGACCUACUGGGACGACGCGUUGACAUUCUACCGUAUGGCCAUCGAGAUGAUGAACCUCCAUCUUUUCAAAGGCGGCUUCGUGCAGAUCUCGAUAGGAAGCUCCCAUCUCUCUAUGAUCUCCUUUAGCCGUUUCAGAGACCUUGAGUUCGCCGCUAAACUCAACGAAUGUGCCUUGACGCUUCUGGAAUGUUGUCCAGAGCCGUGGACCCAACGUCGGGGCUCGAUUGUGCACAACCUCUACAUCAGCCAUUUGCGCGUACCCAUGCCAUCCACGCUGCCUGCGCUCGAGACCUCUGUCGAGGCAUCCUUCUCAAUGGGAGAUCCCUAUAUCACUUUGAUCAGCCUGUCAUCAAUGGCCAUGACCAGACUUUGGCUGGGACACGACAUGGGCCACGUUGAGCAUUUCUGCUCGGAGAGCGCGGACGAUAUCCCGGAUUGGUCCAAGGAUACCCGGGGAGGAGCCAGUCUUCUGGCUGUUCGACAAGUCGCGCGUGCUCUCCAAGGGAAGACGUUCUACCGCGAUCCCAAUACCACCAUGGACGACGAGCACCACAGCACAGACGAAUACAUCGCUUUUCUGAACAACAAUGCUAGUAAUGCCGACCGUCCUCGCGACAUCUAUUGGGGCCUAGCCAUGAUUCCUCUCUUCCUCUAUGGGCACCAUGCCAAAGCGAUAGAGACGGGCAUGUCGAUGAUGGACACGAUGCCCAGGCUGUGGUCGGCUCGUGUGGCAUAUGUCGUCUAUUUCUACUUGGCUUUGUCCCUGCUGACCCUCCACAACGACUACCCCGCCGGUGGAUAUCUCGACGGAGACGAUCUGAAGACCGUGCUGAAGUAUAAAGCGGAGGUUGACUUCGCUAGAAGGGCCUGCGAUGCAAAUUAUGGCAUGUGGUCAUUGAUCUUGGAGGCUCUGAUCGCAGAGGUUCGAAAUGACCACACGUCAGCCAUCCAAGCGUUCGAGGCUGCGAUCGACCACUGUCAAAUCCACGGCUGGCCAAUGGAAGAAGCCCUGGCCCUGGAACUACAUGGUGAAUUUUUGAUCCGACGUGGUGCCAAAAGAGCAGCGCGCUCUGUCAUGCAGGACGCCAUAGGUGCUUGGUCCGCCAUCAGCGCUACCGGCAAAGCAGCACAUCUCACUGAAAAGCACGAGUGGCUUUUGAAAACGGCGACAUCAUCUCGGUGUGCUGAUGCUGGUGUCCAGACUGUGGAUUCGCUUCUUGGGAUUGAUCGCAACACGGCACAGGAAGAUAUGGCUAUACCUCAAGUCAUGGAGGGGGAUGAUAGGAAACAACUUUGGAUUGAGCAGAAUGGAGUCACCUCGGGCGAGCGUUCUCUUGACAUAUCUGGCGUUGGACUCGAUAUAAUCGACCUGUCAAGCAUUCUAGAAUCGAGCCAGGUCAUGUCCUCCGAGCUACAAAUCGAUAAGCUUCUCACCAAGAUGAUUGAGAUCGUGUUGGAAUCCUGCAACGGGUCUGAUUUCGCGGUGAUCGCGACUGAUUUCGACGAUAGUGGCUUUGCCGUCGCUGCUGCUGGAGACCUGGAGAAGGGACAGCGGUCUUUCGUCGACGGUCUUCCGUUGUCAGAGUUCGAGGAUAAGAUGGCGCAGCAGAUUUCUCACUACGUUAUACGUACCAAAGAGGAAGUCCUCGUACACAAUUUUCUAGAGGACGACCGUUUCUCCAACGUCAACGAGGCAUACCAGAACAAAUACCCGCUCGGCAGAUCCGUGAUUGCGCUGCCAAUCAUGCAGGCAGACCACCUUCUGGGAGUGAUCCAUAUCGAAGGCAAGCCGAAUUCCUUCACCCAGCGUAACGUCGUUGUGCUUCACCUCCUAUGCAACCAGAUCGGUAUCUCUUUGGCCAACGCGCUGCUGUUCCGCGAAGUCCGCAGGGUCAGCGCCACAAACGCGGCCAUGAUCGAAGCUCAGAAGCGUGCCCUCGCACAGGCCCGCGAGGCAGAGCAAAAGGCGAAGGUGGCCGAGGCUGAGGCAAAACACAACGUCAAGCUCAAGGAAGAUGCUGCCAAGGCCAAGUCCAUCUUCUUGGCCAAUAUCUCCCACGACCUCCGUACACCGAUGAAUGGAGUGAUUGGUCUCUCUGAACUGCUCAAGGGCACGAAUUUGAACAAGGAGCAGGAUGAAUACGUCGAGUCGAUCCGCGUCUGUGCUGACACAUUGUUGACCUUGAUCAACGAUAUUCUGGACUUCUCCAAAUUGGAGGCUGGCAAGAUGAAGAUCUCCACCGUCCCGCUUAAUAUCCGCGAGACGAUCUCCGAGGUUGUGCGCGCUUUGCGCUACACGCACCGAGACCGCGGCCUUGAGACCAUCGAAGAUCUGGACAAGGUGCCACCCGACCUCGUGGUCCUCGGGGAUCCUGUUCGUUUGCACCAAAUCUUCAUGAACCUGCUGAGCAACAGCUACAAGUUCACCCCCAAGGGCUCCAUCACUGUGCGGGCCAAGGUUUCGCGGGAGGGCAAAGGCCGCCUGCGCCUGGAGUGUGCAGUGUCCGACACUGGUAUUGGCAUUCCCGAGGAGCAAAAGUCGCGUCUGUUCAAGCCGUUCUCGCAGGCCGACAGUUCUACGGCGCGAUCAUACGGGGGCAGCGGCCUUGGUCUCAGCAUCUGCAAGGCUAUCAUCGAGGACGUCUUGGGCGGGGCUAUCUGGCUCGACUCGACUCCUGGGGUGGGAACCACGGUGACCUUCCGUCUGUCGUUCAGCAAGGCAAAAGACCCAUUAACGGCUACGCCGUGGUCAGAUAUCAGCGCGAACAACAAUGCGGCGCCUCGGCCGAUGACGCGCGAUCUGACUAUGAUCCCUCGCGACCAGAUCCGCGUCUGUAUCGCCGAAGACAACCCUAUCAACCAAAAGAUUGCCGUCAAAUUCGUCACCGGUCUGAAACUGCAAUGCGAAGCAUACAGCGAUGGUCUCCAGGCGGUCGAAGCUCUGCGGGCUCGUUCUCGCGAGGGUAUCCCCUUCCAUGUCGUCUUGAUGGACGUGCAGAUGCCCACCCUCGAUGGAUACAACGCGACCCGUGAGAUCCGCAAGGACCCGGACCCCAACGUCAAUGAGGUCCUCGUGAUCGCCAUGACCGCCAGCGCCAUCGAAGGAGAUCGCGAGAAGUGCCUUGAGGCCGGCAUGAACAAUUACCUGCCCAAACCUGUCCGGUCCACUGUUCUCAGCGAAAUGCUUGGUCGCUACCUUGCGCCCGCGCCGACCUAUACCAAAAUGCGACUCGCGAUGCGUGCUCGAGGAAGCAUUAGCACCGAGGCUGGCACCCCAACCAGCUCUUCGUCUUCUACCUCGGAGCAGGUGAUUGCUCUCACACCGGAGGAAGAGAAGCGACCCCGGCUGAUCAAGUCUGGAACUGGCUAG